AUUAUGGGGCGCGGCCUUCGAGCGCGUGCUAAGAGAGGAAUCCCUUUGGGAAAUCCCCUAGUGGCUGUCUGAUCCGCCCCAUCCUUUUGUACGAUCAGUGAAUCCGCGCCAGCGCCGCUGGCUCUGGCGGCGAGCCAGCCAGCGCCCGAUAGCACACGGUAGUCGGCCGCAUAUCGUUUAGAAACUACGUCUAGGUCGGAAUGACUGUUCUUACUUUGAAGACAAGGGUGAUCAUCAAGGCCUUAUUUUCACUUUGCACCGUCUAUCUGAUAUACAGAAUAAUCUACGAAUUCUGCAUUUGGGGACGUUAUGGCAGUGACUUUCUUUCGAAUAUUGUGAUUUCCUCCCAUGAAAUCAAGAAGGACCGAUUCGAAUUCUUGAGCAAAGCCAAAGGCGCAGACUGGCCACAACACGUAAAAUCUAUUUAUGACGGGAAUUCCCCUGCUAUCAAUCCUCACCCGUACAAGUUCAUCAUCAACGAACCUAACAAGUGUCGGAAUGAAGACGGCAGUAUUAAGGAGGUGUUCCUGCUCGUGCUCGUCACAUCCAUCCACAAAAAUACUGCGCUCCGUAGGACAGAUAGGGAGACGUGGGCCAGUCAGAGUGAGAUCGAAGGGAAAAGCAUCAUCACCUUGUUUCUUCUUGCCAACCCUUCCAAAGGCGGAACACAUCACCAAGUCUCUGUGGACAAGGAGAGUGCACUCCACCACGACAUCAUCAUGGGGGAUUUCCAAGACUCGUACAAGAACCUUACGUUGAAGACCGUCAUGGGCAUGAAGUGGGUCUCGCAGUUCUGCCCGCACGUGAGGUACGUGCUGAAAACGGACGAUGACAUGAUCGUCAUGUAUGAAAAUCUGGUGAGGUACCUCUCCUCUCCUGCGGUCCCACCCAAAAACUUUGUUAGCGGCAUCGUCGUACGUGCCGAACCUGUAAGAAAUGAGAUAAGCAAGUGGUACGUUCCGGAAAACAUUUAUCCACAAGCAUGGUAUCCCCCCUUCUGCUCUGGGUCAGGUUACGUCAUGUCGGGUGAUGUCGCGCGUAAUGUGUAUGAAGUAUCCACUCAUACUCCGUAUUUGUAUCUCGAAGAUGUGUUCAUGGGAUUCUGCUUAUUCCAGCUUGGAGUGUAUCCACUGGCCAGCUCACAGUUUCAUAACAAUCGUGUUGACUACUCUACCUGUGUGUACAGGAGACUCUUUACGACCCACUACAGUAAGGCUGCGAUAGCGGUUAGAGAAAAUCUGUGGAGGCAAGUGAUGAAAGAUAAACAAACUCACUGUUACUUGUAUUUCUUAUAGUUUGUAGUUCCCACUGUCCAAGUAUUUUUAAACUAUUUUUAUGAAAAAAUUUAUUUAUGGGAAUUUUUAUGAAACAUUAAGACUUUGUAACUUAAGGAUUCAUAGCUUUUUGUUGAAGCGUCUUGGUGUAGCGAUUCAGACUCUCGCCUUGUAAUCAGACGGUCAUGUGUUCGAAUCCCACCGCGGCCUAGCGUCCCUUGGCAAGGCGUCAAUGACUUUGCCACUCUUCAACCAGGUGUUAAAUGGGUACCCGGUAGGAUGCAAAAUCUUAUGCGUUGUGCCAAGUAAUCUUGGAACUUUCGUAGGAAUGCUCCCCAGGGAGUGGAGAAAGUGCAUACAUUGUGUUGUGUUUGGGCAUGCCAGGAUCCGAUGACCAGGGUAGUAAUAAUUACAAUGUAAAGCACUUAGAAACAUAAAGUAAUAAGCACCAUAUAAAUGUAACUAUUAGUAUGAACAUAUGACCAUCAAUGGUAUGAUCUGUCGCUUUGCUUUGUGUUUUGGCCCAGUGGGUGUUUCAUAAAGCUGUUCGUAAGUUACGAAAAACAUUACAAAUGAUUGGUGAUCUUUUCUUGAGGUAAAUUAUGUGCACCAAAUUUUCAUCAGUGUGGAUUUAGCUCUUAAGAAAAAAAAAUCACCAGUCGUUCGUAAAGUCGUUCUUAAAGUUGCCAGUAACUUAAAAGAAACUUUAUGAAACACCCACCUGGAUUAGUUACUUUUCAGGCUUUCAAAGAGUAUACUCGAUCUUAACUGGUCAUUGCCAUUUUAUGAUCAAUUGCAAACCUUGAGGCACCUCUGCGAAAGUCCAAACUGUAAUUCAGGAGGGAUCCCGCAAGGCAUCUUUUCCUGUGUAAUCAUCCCAUUCCAUCACACACAAAGCAAUGGGGAAUGCAGCAAAGUGAAUGUGACGUUGAAUUUGAAAGAAAGUAAUAUCUUUGGUUAAAGGGGACCACAAAUAGCAAUAGCUGCUAAUCAGGUGUGGCAUCCUGUUCAUAAUUAACUCCUCAAUAUAGAUGGAUGCAUGCUAACAUCAGUAACAUGUAUUAUCUAAAGGCUAAAAUGAAUUAUACUGACAACUAUUUCAAUUAGAGUACAUUUGGGCACAACGGAUUAUAAUUUAAAAAAACAAAGACAAAACAAACACAUAUACAUGUACAUGUACAUAGACAUCUUUAUAUAGAGACACUUCAGUCAUUUUCAUUAAAUUCUUGCAUGAUCUUCUUCAUUGAUUUUUGAAAGGAAUUAACAAAAUGUGAUUGACCUUUUCCCUUGAUCUGUAUGCACUCUCGGAAGUACUAGACUAUUAUUGUCCUUGUGAAUUCCAGCUCGAUGACAUGGCUUGCUUACGAUUACAAAUCUUUGUAUCAGGGGCGGAUCCAGGAUUUUCCAAAGGGGGGGGGGGGGGCACAUUUCCCAAGAAAAAUUUGACAAGCAUCGCUUUCAAAGGGGGGGGGCACACUUGUGUUAGAACGGCAUAUUUGUAAUAUUGAGAAUGAUCCAAUAUGUGUUGAUUUUAAUCAAUAAAUUUUGAAACUUUACAUUAUUAUGCCUCUCAAUGGGGGGGGGGGGGUGUACAGGCCAGAUGUGCCCCCCCCCCCUGGAUCCUCCAGUGAUUUGUAUGAGUUGAUAUGACUCCCUUUUUGUACAAAUUCAGGAGAUCCUAGAUACUAGAGGCAUUCUUACAGUGGUUGUAUGACUGCCAUUUUUAUUCGCGAGAUCAUUUUAUGAUCUUGAGAAAUGAGGUGGGUUUGUUUUUGUUUGACAACCAUGGACUUUGAGUUCUUAUCCAUGGUUUUAAAAAGUUGUUGUCUGUGUUUGUGGUUUUUUUCCACUCUUUCUCUUUAUAUAAGUCCUGAAAUAGACAUGUGUCUGUGAAUUUUAAAUUCCAAGAUAUACAUGUAUGAUUUAUACUUUUGUUGAUAUUGAAAGAUAUGAUUAAGUUUGAGUGUCAGAUAUCUGUGUAUUCCGAUUUUACUACUACAGGUAUAAAAGUCUUAGCAUUCUUUACUACUGUUUCUGUUGUGAAAAUUGGACUUAAACUGCACCUAAUCACUUUUAUAAGAAAAGUGUAGUUUGUCCUAGUGGUUGAAAGUUUAGCAAGGGAAACAACUUCACUUUUCCUCAUAAAAAGAAGAAACUAUUAAAAUUAUGUGAUGCAUUUGUGAAUUAUUUUAAUCCAGUAGCCCUUUUCAUUACUGUUUUUCUUUUUACAUUUUCAGUAGUAAACCUGACUUGUAAUUGGACUUAUAUUUGGGCUAAUAAGAGUGAUCCAAACAAAAUCUUCUCUCCAGGUUAAAUGUCAUAUUGUCCAUACCUGAGCAAAAUUUACUGUGAGAUAUUUUAUGUUUUAAUGAUUUAAUAGACCACCUUCUUGGACAAGACAAUACAAUAGCAGGAAUAAACUGAAAUUUUCAAAUUUAUAUGAAUAUAGCUGUUUCCAAAGUUUCAGGCAAUAUAUAUGAUUUCAAUAUAUUCAAUCAUGUAUUUUAAAUGGUAAUACAAUAUCAUUCACUUUGGUUUAAAGAUGACAGAGCUAUAACAGAGCUUAUACAUACUCAUUAAAAAAAAUACAAAGAGGAAUCCUACAUAUUCAUUUGCAAAUGAAUAAGCCUUGAGUUUGAAAAGCCUACUCCCCCCACCCGGGAAAAAAAUGCUGAUAAAACAAAACAAGAAAGAAAAGGGGAAAAUGGGGGAAAAUUUACAAAAAUAUUACUAAAACAUUAUAGUUAAAAAGUCGAGAGUCUCUUUCAAUUUAGAGUAAAUAACACAUUUUCGUUGCAAAAAAAAUUGUAAUAACACUUGUAUUACAAAUUGGCCAUAGAUGAAUGAGGGUAUUUGAAAUUUGGGGAAAAAAGAUGAAUAAAAGUGAUACAAAGUUGAUUA